AUGGAUCGAUAUAAGCUCGAUCACUACCCAUUCGCGCACACGCCCAUCAGUAAAUUGUACAGAUGCACAGACACGGUAACCGGUGAGGGUCUUGCUGUGAAGGUCGUUGACAGGCGUACAACUUCUGGGGAACGAAGGGUACAACGUAUGUUGGAAGGGGCAGAGGCAAUCUCACGCGCUGGACCACACCCAGGUAUUGUUGGCGUGCGCGGCGCAUACGAGGUAGACAAAAAUGCAUAUAUAGUAAUGGAGUAUGUUGCUGGUGGCACACUUCUUGACUACGUCACACGUAAGGGUCCAAUACGGGAGGCUGCCGUUGUUCCAAUUGUACGACAACUGUUGUUCGCUCUCGUUCACCUCCAUAGUUUUGGCGUGAUGCACCGUGACUUGAAGACUGAAAAUAUUCUUAUUCGUUCGCCUACAGAUCUUAAAACCCCACCAACAAAAGUCUGCAUCUGUGACUUUGGAUUUGCAACGGUUAAAUGCCCAAACUCUGAGUGUGUGGGUUCCCCGCAAUAUUGCGCUCCAGAGGUGGCACUUAUCGGUAUUAUGCAAGGCAAAUCCAAAGGGAGCAGCUACUCCUAUGAUGAGAAAUGUGAUGUGUGGUCACUCGGCGUCGUAACGUACGCUCUUCUUAGCGGGUUGCUUCCAUUUGAUGGUAGUACACCAACGGAGGUGUUUGAAAAUAUUUUACACAAGAGUAUCAACUUUUCUCACCCUGUUUGGCGUAAUGUAAGUGAGGAAGGAAGACGCUUUCUUCUUUUUCUUAUGACGCCGGAAGCAUCCAAGAGACCCUCUUCACGAGAGGCUUUAAACCACUCUUGGCUUCAAAUGUAA